GCAAGCACCACUCCCGGCGGCGCUCACCCUCACUAUGGCCUCUGUCUCAGAGCUCGCCUGCAUCUACUCAGCCCUUACCCUGCACGACGAUGAAGUGACGGUGACGGAGGAUAAGAUCAAUGCCCUCAUUAAAGCAGCUGGUGUAGAUGAUGAACCUUUCUGGCCAGGCUUGUUUGCAAAGGCUCUGGCCAGUGUCAACAUUGGGUGUCUCAUCUGCAGUGCAGGAGCUGGUGGCCCUACCCCUGCAGCUGGUGCUGUACCAGCAGGAGGUCCUGCCCCCUCCACCACUGCUGCCCCAGCUCAGGAGAAGAAAAUGGAGGCAAAGAAAUAAGAAUCUGAGGAGUCUGAUGAUGACAUGGGCUUUGGUCUUUUGACUAAACC